AUUUAAGGGCAGAACGGGUAGCGUGCAAAUCUAAAAACCCUAGAUAGCGGCCCCCAUUCUUCUUCAGCCGGGGUAGGAGGUGAUUUCCAGCUCUCGAGUUUCUCUGCGGUUGCAGUGUGGUCGGCUACCGAAGGUUGUUUCCGGAGAGGUAAGUAAUGGUUAAGCAUAACAAUGUUGUGCCCAAUGGGCAUUUUAAGAAACACUGGCAAAAUUAUGUAAGGACAUGGUUCAACCAACCAGCUCGGAAAGCAAGACGCCGUAUUGCUCGGCAAAAAAAAGCUGUAAGAAUAUUUCCUAGGCCAACUUCUGGACAUCUCCGUCCCGUUGUUCAUUGUCAAACAUUGAAGUAUAAUAUGAAGCUCAGGGCUGGAAGGGGAUUCUCUCUCGAAGAGCUCAAGGCAGCUGGCAUCUCAAAGAAACUGGCCCCUACAAUUGGCAUUGCUGUGGAUCAUCGCCGCAGGAACCGUUCUUUGGAGGGUCUCCAGGCGAAUGUCCAGAGGCUGAAAACCUACAAGGCCAAGUUGGUCAUCUUCCCAAGGCGUGCCCGUCAUUCUAAGGCUGGUGAUUCAACGCCGGAAGAACUGGCGACUGCAACACAAUCCCAGGGUGACUACAUGCCCAUUGAGAGGGAGAAGCCGGCAAUUGAUUUUGUCAAGGUCACUGAUGAAAUGAAGUCAUUCAAGGCUUACAACAAGCUUCGUCUGGAGCGGAUGAACAAACGCCAUGCUGGUGCAAGGUUGAAGAAGGCUGCUGAAGCGGAAAAAGAUGAGAAGAAAUAAGCAGGAGAAGCUCAGUUUCCCUUUUGGUGCAGAUGUUUCCGGGUCUUGCUCCAAAUUCAUGAUAUGCAAUUUUGAUUCAUACUUCUUCAAUUCCUGAGAACUGGAGGGUGCAUGAUGAAGAACAUGGUUUUCGUGUUUUCCUUUUAGCUGUUUUUGGGGUCGUCUUUAGUGAUCGGAUGAUUCUCAUUUACGAUGGAUGAGGAACUAGUGAUAAACCAAUUUAGUUAUAUCUUCAAGCAUUAUUUGUCUUUCUGCA